AUGGCUAUGGCCAGCACCUUCGUGCCGGGGCUGAACCCUCAGAAACCUCAUUAUAUCCCGGGGUACACUGGACACUGCCCACUGCUUCGGUUCGGCAUGGGCCAGACCUAUGGGCAGAUGACGGGGCAGCUACUUCGGGGAGCUCCUGGCAUAGCCUGGCCCCCUGCCCACCGCACACUUCUGCCUCCCAUUCGGCCUCCAAGAUCUCCCGAGGUUCCUCGUGGACGCCUGCCUGUCAGGUGUGGGCACAAAAGGCUCAGCUCCAGCAUGAUCCCUGGGUACACAGGUUUUAUCCCCCAGGCACAGUUCAUCUUUGCCAAGAACUGCAACCAGGUCUGGGCUGAGGCUCUGAAUGAGUUCACUCAGUGGCACGGGGAACCAGGGAGUCAGGAGCUGUCAAAGCAGGUCAAGGGAGAAGAAGUGGAGGAAGACCAAGAAUCAGAGCCAAAGCCGAAGCCAGAGCUGGAGGCGCAGGGGGCAGAGCUGGGGCAGGAGGCUUCCCCCUAUUCGAUGGAUGACGGAGAUCCUCACAAGUUCUUCAUGUCAGGUUUCACUGGCUAUGUGCCCCGUGCCCGCUUCCUCUUCGGCUCCAGCUUUCCUGUGCUCACCAACCAGGCACUGCAGGAAUUUGGACAGAUGUGCUCAGAGGGCAAAUCCCAGAAGGGUCUCAAACCUCUCCCCCCACUUUCAAGGAUCUACCCUCAGAACCUGGGUCUUUUACCUAACUACGGGGGCUACGUGCCAGGAUAUAAGUUCCAGUUUGGCCGCACAUAUGGCCAUCUCACCCAUGAUGCCCUGGGUCUCAGCACCUUCCAGAAGCAGCUCGUGGCGUAG